UUUCGUUUCUUUUGUCUUGGAUCAUUACUUGUAUAUAUCUCUAGGGUGCAGGCCAUCUUUCUCGAGGUCAUCAUCCAUACUAAGAGACCUCCAUGCCAGCCACUACCAUGUCUUCCUGGAUCUCGUUCUCCGACAUCUUCUAUUUUACUCGCAAUGCGAGAAAAGCGCCUCUCAUUCCAGAGGGUUUCGUCCUUGAAACACCUUUGGAGCGCAAACCUACUACGGCAAUCCAGCUCAAGCCAGAGUCUCCAACAUCCCGCUCAACACUUCCCACCAUUUCCAAAUCAACGAUACCUUUGCCCGCGUCUUCCAACCCACAGACACCCCCGGAGCCAGUCAUUUUCAUAGGAAACAACAGCACUGAAACCCUUGUCAACGUUGUUUCAAAGCCCGGGUUUCCAACUUCAAUUCUGCAGCUCUACCCAUCUGUCAAUGAGGCUGCGCACACACGACGCAUAUCGUUCGCAGAAUGUGCCACGCCCUCGCGUCCUGUGAAGCCUGUCAACGUCAUUGACAUGGACCAGGUCUCGUCCAAGCCCCCCGCGGCCGCAGUGGAAACGCCUGAGCAAGCAAAACCUCUCAGAGAGGACGUCCCCGAUACGGAAAAGAAAUUAAAGAGGAAGAGCAUCAUGCGGAGUAUGUCCCUGCUUGCCCCUCGUGCACCCGGCACGAAGACGCGCCGUUUCUCGGUCCCUGUCUUUUCAUCGUUGACGGAUGCCAUGAAUAAGCGGGCAAGCAAGCGGCCGUAGGCAGCCCAGUCCAGGGCGAGGGGAAGAGCACCGGAGUACCACGAUAGCCUAGGAAGUGAAUUCCGCAGAAAAGCGCACCGAUGUUUGAGCACCACACAUGCUAUCAUUUAUUCUAUGAUAUCUAUAAUUCAACCUUAAUCAUUAAUUACUCACAUUUUGCCUCAUUUUGUACUAGGGUGGUCCAUGCACUAUUGCGAACUACUUUGGCUUACAUCGCAAUCUGGACAUUGGUUUAGCAUAUACAGCAUUCAAGACAC